UUAUUCCGAUGUGUUACUAUUUCGGAUGAUAUAUGGGCGUCAGCCUUUACUGAAAUCCCACUUUCUUAUAACAAACACAAAACAAACUUGAAUCACAACUAACGUUAUUUCUGCUAUUAAAACAUAUUUACCUAAGCAUAAAACACAAGGAAUUCACGUAACUGGAUAAAAGUCAGCAUGUGCACCAAAGAUGUGCACCCGAGUAUGUGUGUGAGCGUUACAUAAGGAACUACAGACAAAAAAAAAGUAGAUAAAUCCCACGAAAAAGAGUCCAGGUCUACUGACGCCCCGAGAUAAUAACGUUACCCACGGCGGAGAGUUUUCUCCCUUCAGUCUGUUUCCAACCGGUUCUGGAGACGAUCCUCGAGUUACUGUUGUUGUUGUUGUGCUGACGGUGGCUGUUGUUCUUCAUGACAAAACGUCGUUAACUUAAAUGAUUAACAAUGAAAGAACAAUCAGGCACUCACGAGGCAAUCGUUCCACCGGCCAUACCUCCUGAAAAUACUGCGAACAAUGAAAAUGACGAAAGUCGCCAAGAAAAUUCCCCAUCGCUCCAGAUUCAGAAUGGGCCCGAGACCGACUCGAACGGGCGACACCACAACUCGGAAAACGGAACCUUAAUCGACGGGAAAUACGACUCGGUCCGGUACUGUCCGGACGCCCCUGAGAAGAACGAGGAGCUCCUGAAGAUGCUGGAUAAAUCGGAGGAUGAGAGGGGCAGCGAGAAGCUCAUCGCCAGCAGCAGCCAACAGGAGUCCAAAACGCAGUCGGUCGUCGCCGAAGAGGACAUGGCUCCUGACGGAGGGUGGGGCUGGGUCGUCGUGGCCGCUGCGUCCUUCGUCCUGAUGUCAGUCGACACCAUCGGCCAGUGCUUUGGUAUAAUCUUCUCCGGCUUCCUGCUCGACCGAGGAGCCUCGUCGUUGACCACAGCCUGGAUGAUCAACAUGUUCACGUUCUUCUUCUGCGUGACGGGCCUCCCGCUGGCGUCCUUGAUCCAGGAGUUCGGCUGGAGGAGGAUCGCCCUGGUGGCGUCCCUGAUGCUCUUCACCGCCACGGUUUCCUCCGCCUUCGCCAACGCCAUCUGGGUCCUGUACUUCACCUUCUCUCUCUUGGCUGGAAUAAGUUGCGGCAUGUUGCUGAACAUCAGCUACAUCAUCGUCCCUUAUUACUUCAACCGCCGGAGAGGCCUGGCCAGCGGCAUCAUCAUGGCCCUGGACUCGAGCGGCCAGAUAGUCGCGCCUCCGCUCGUCAAGUGGCUGCAGGACGAAUUCGCCUACAAAGGAGCGACGCUCAUCCUCGGCGGCAUCGUGCUGAAUUGCUUCGUGGCGGCUGCCGCCUUCCACCCGGUCGAGUGGCACUCGAAGCUGGGACCGCGGCACGAGAGGAGAGCGACCCAAGUCGCCCAGAGCAGCGACAACGGCAAGAGCCGCUGGGUGAGGCUGCAGUCGAACGGCACCCAGUUCCUAGCGUCCAUGCUGGCGAACCUGAGAGUCCUCAAGUACGUCAGGGCGGUCGUCAUCGCCUUGGGCGCAACUCUGUUCCUUUGUGGGUACCAGAACUUCAUGGCUUUCAUGCCCUUCGUGGUCCAGGAUGCCGGGUAUACCUUGGGAGACGCAGCGCAGUGCGUGUCCGUUUCGGCUGUGUUCAACAUGAUCACGAGACUGACUGUAGCCUGGCUCAGCGAUUCCUCCUGGUUCAGUUACCGAGUGUCGCUCAUGUUCAGCUCGGCGGUUCUUACCGUCACUUUGAUCGUGUUCUCCCUCCUUCGCGACAUCAAAUGGAUGAUCGCCCUGAUGUGCAUCUACGGCAUCGGAGUCGGGUCCUACAUGUGCCUCUUCAGCCUGGUCAUGGUGCAUUACUUCGGCCUCGACAAAUUGGUCUCCAUGAUGGGCGCCACCAUGUUGGUCACCUCCGUCAGUAACAUCACUAUCGGACCGAUGGCGGGGUUAGUCCGCGAUUUAACUGGAAGUUACUCCGCCUGCAUCUGGGUCUUAGCCGGCCUCUCCUUCUGCAGUUUCCUCCUGUGGUUCUUCAUGCCCCUGGCCGUCAGAUUCGACGACGGCAUGAAGAAAAAGAAGAGGAAGAAGUACGCUAACGACGUUUAGCGAAUAUAUGUAUGUAUGCACUUCUGCCUUUUCGAAGAAGUAUAGAAGUGAUGCAAUGGAGUUCGGGGAAGGUCUUCCACUUCUGCCCUUUCAAGGAAGAAUGAUAGAAGUUGCAAUGAAGGUCACAGAAGCCGCUCCUAUGAUGUCUUUCCGAUUGGGAAGAUCGUCAAGUAAUAAAUAUAGUGAAGUCUAAAGAAUGUCUCGACAUUCUUUGUUUUAGUGAGAGAGACGAGAAGUAAGAAGCAUCAUUGGAAGUUUUAUAAAAAGCUUCAACGAAUGAUUCGCGUUGCUAUGUUUUCGUCAGAAGGAAGUGGAGAAGUAUCAGAAAGCAGCAGAUCAGCGAAGGGCACGCACUUCUACCCUUCCGAAAACCCCUCCCGCCUGGGGAGUUUCGGAAGCAUGGCAUUUUUUUUUUUUAAUGUAAAUCUAGUACGACUUUGUACGACGCGUUUCCUACAGUCUUUGAAUGACACGAUUGUAAAUAAUCACUGUAUUUUUGUAUGUGAUCUUUAAGUAGUUUCUAGACCAGUUUUGUUUUUACAGUUUUGUGACGCGAAAAUUCAUCUUAGGUGCCUUCAUCUUUGUUACGUCUGUCUCUCUGUCUCGUUAUCUGCCUGUCUGGUCGUCUCACAUUCAGGCAUCUCACAGAUACAUUUAUGAUGAAUGUUCGCGUAUGUAUAAAUGUAUACAAGCAUAUUGCAACGUUUACAAUUGUAUUUAAUUUAACUUGGAUAUUUUUGUAAUUUCUCUCUCCCCAUUUCACAGAAUAUUUGUGAUGUGAAAAAAUAAGGUGUUACGCACUUCUUGAUGGACGCUGUAAAAAGAAUGAAUAAAAGUUAAUGAGCUGUG